AGACGACAUCUCAUUGAGACGUCGUCCUGUGUAUUUUCUGUCUCUUCUGUGUUUCAAUGUUUGCUUUCUACCCCAGCAUGCUCAGUAUUCGCCAGCUUGCCGGCAUUCAUAUGAUAAUUUGGCAAUAAUGACUUUAUGCAAUGAGAAGCCUGCAAUGUUGUUAAUCUGAAGCGUAGCUCAGUGGCUGUAGGCCUGAUGGUUUCGGUACUUUGACUGCACUGCUUACUGAGUGCGAGCUGUAGUAUGCCGUGAGCUCAUCAAAUGGCAGUGAGUUUACCGGACACUACAAUGUCACAAGAGCGACACGCCUGCUUCGUUUAGGGGUUUUGAAUUUGCGUGCUUCUUCAGGCUUCUUCUAAGUUCAGGCUGUCUAAACUAGCACCCGCAUGCAACCGUCGUCUGCAUUCGGUCCAGCGCUUGCUGCUGCGGUGUCACAAACUGUUGCGAACCUGCGGUUCAAAUGGCUCGCCGUGCCUUCCAGCUUUUAGCAAAAUUAGAUAAGGUACGGCAUUUUAACGGCGUUGCCCAAUUUCUCAAGAAGAAACUUCAAAAUCCUGGAGAAAGAAAUGUAUGGCAAAUUGCUAAGCAAUCCUGUUGCAUACGUGAAAUGUUCUAACAUCACAAACGUCCAGCGAUACGUUGAGCUUCACGUAUGUUGGGCUGAUAAACCUGGCAUUCUUCCAGAGCCUUCCAUUCUCUCGAGCUCCACUUCCUUAGUGUGCACAGGUGGUCGAGCUGCUCCUCUCCAACCUGUGUCCUCCUCGACGGGCCCCCUGGUCAGGUGACCUCCCCGUUAACCAAACAGCAUCGAGCUUUGCGGCCACGCUCAUCAGGCUUCACGAAAUGCUGAGCACCUAGCCAAAGAUUGGUUUCUGCGAAAAUUCAUACGUGGUGGGCGGCCUGCUGUCGGCGCACCUGCUCUCCCGGCAGGCGGGGGCGGAGCUGGAGCCCGGCUGGCCCUGCUCGGGGCCCCUGCUGCGCCUGGCGGAAGACGUCGCCAACAGGCUCCUUCCCGCGUUUGCGACCAAGACCGGCAUGCCGUACGGCACGGUGAACCUGGUGAGCGGGGUUCCGCGCGGAGAGACGAGCGUUACGUGCACCGCCGGAGUCGGGACCUUCCUGCUUGAGUUUGCAACUCUGAGCAGGCUCACCGGCAAUCCCGUGUUCGAGAGGACCGCGCUGAGGGCACUUGGGGCCCUCUGGAAGGCACGCUCGGCCAUCGGCCUGGUGGGCAACCACAUUGAUGUGCAGACCGGAAGGUGGACUGCGGUGGACGCCGGCAUCGGUGCCGGGGUGGACUCAUACUACGAGUACCUGGUCAAGGGGGCCGUCAUGCUGCAGAUGCCCCAACUGGUGCGCAUGUUCGCAGCGUACAAGGGGGCCAUUGAGAAGUACAUGCGGCGGGACGACUGGUUCUUCUGGGUCAGCAUGUCCUCUGGUCAGGUGACCAUGCCCGUCUUCCAGUCCCUCGAAGCCUUCUGGCCGGGGCUGCUGACGCUGACGGGCGACUUGGACGGCGCCCGCAAGUCGCUGUACAACUACCACCAGGUGUGGCGGCAGUACGGCUUCACCCCCGAGUUCUACGACGUGGUGCACAGCCAGGCGAACUCCAAGAGGGACGGCUACCCGCUGAGGCCAGAGCUUGUGGAGAGUGUGAUGUACCUGUACCAGGCGACCAAGGACCCCCACCUGCUCGAGAUUGGGGUGGACAUCCUCGAGUCCAUCGCCCACAGUGCCCGCACGGAAUGCGGCUACGCCACCAUCCGGAAGGUCCAGGACCACGAGCUGGAAGACCGCAUGGAGUCCUUCUUUCUGGCGGAGACCACCAAGUACCUGUACCUGCUCUUCAGCCCGGACCACUUCAUCCACAACAACGGGAGCCAAGCGGCCACCGUGCAGACGCCGUCUGGACGCUGCAUUCUCGAUGCGGGCGGCUACGUCUUCAACACGGAGGCUCACCCCAUCGACGUCGCGGCAGUCCACUGCUGCAGCGCCCACAAGGUUGCCGAAGAUGCCGCCCUGGAGCGCCUGGAGGAACUCCUGGACCUCAGCAAGCUGCUCGUGGACGAGCGGAGGGAGGAGUUUGUGAGGCCGCUUGACGACCACUUCGGGAACUACUUCGAGGACGGCGGCAGCAGUGCCGAAGAAUUUGUCGGCCCCCGUGGGACGGGGUCUUCAGACCCCGAUAACAGCGAAGCCUCUGUUGCUCAAGAGAUUGACGCUCGAACCGCGGACGCCGACACGUCGGUUGCCGUUCAGCACGAUGUAAAAGAUCCCGAUGUUCUUGCACCAAGGGUCGACCUUGGGGACGACCUUCGAGGUUGCAGCGCCCACGCUGAAGACGAUGCGUCGACAAGCUCUGGUGGGACAAAAUCCGUUUGUGCAAAAUCUGCCGACGAUGGCGAAACCACCAUUGCUAAAGAGGAUGACACUAGGACCGCCGACGUUGGUGUGCCAGUUGCUGCCGAGCGUGAUUUAAAAGAUCUCAAUGUCGUUGCAGCGGGUGAAGGCAGCACCGAAAUAGACGACAGUCCAGCCAUCUGCGCCAAGUCGGUCGGCACCGAUGCUGCCGUCGUCGAGGAAGGUUAUAGCGAGAUGAACGAAGCUGCGGGGAGUGAUACGGCUAAUGUCGCUAUGGCUGGAAAGAGUGACUCCGGCACCGUUGCGGCUGUAGUUGACGCAUUUGGAACCGGCGCUGGCGGGGACGUCGAGGAGGUUGAGACUGCGACUACCACGACAGGCAAAGCUAAGGCCGAUGAGGACGACACUGGUCGGCACGGUGCAGCAGGCGUCGGUGUGGAAUCUACAGUCCAGGGAAGCGUAGACCGCGAGCCUAACACGAUCAAAGAGUUUGCGAGCGAAGAUCCGACUGCUACUCCCGUCGGCGACUUUGACGUACGGCUAGAAGCGGAUGAGUCCAAAGGAGCGACGGUUGUGGCGGACACUUCUGACCGCCUCUCCCCCAAGGACCUUUCCGGGGACCGGAAUAAAGGGCACGUCGGAGGACGCCCCGAAGAAGUCUCGGAGCGCCCGUAUUGGCAGUCGGAAUUCCGAUCGGGGGAUUCCCCGGAGCAUGGCGAACGCGCAGACGGUGCGGCUCGACCCUCUGAAGCGUACAAAGGUGGCCCCGACGAAGCUGCUCCAGGGUCUCACUACGCCAGUGCUAAGGCCGAGGCCGUGGAAGCGUCGCAAUACGCAGCGACGAAAAAAGGCGCUCAGACGGACACCGUUAAAAAAUUCAACCGCACGCGAGAUAACGAAGGCUGGAGGGCGGAAGUGACGGAGGUCGACCUGACCUCGGAAAGCGACGAAGGCGAACUCGUCGAUGGGACUUCCGAAGGUGUCGACGGCCCUUCCGGCCGGGUCCAUUUCGAGAUCGCGGGGAAAGGAAGAAUCGAGGAAUUGAAGGACCUUUUAACCAGUGCCGUCGAACAAGCUGCGGCUGGUUUGCGUACGAGCGAAAAGGAAGAGAGCAAAAUGGAUGUAAAGUUGACGGAUGAACGGGGGACAGCGGCUUCGAGCAACGCGGCAAAAUUUGCAGACGGAGCCGGUUGGACUGCGCUCACGUGUCCGUCGCAGCCCUUCCUGUCGCGACUUGCAUUUCGAGGGGAAAUGUUCAAUGUCGACUAGAACGUGGUCCAGGGGGGCAUCCGAGGAAUGCGCGGAGCUACGGUGGCAAUUUGCCGUGACCUUGGCAUUCCAUAAAAAUUCUUCGAAAAGACAAUUACUAUUGCAAAGAAAAGAAUAUAGAUUUGUUUUGUAUAACUAC